AUGGAUAGCUCGCCGGAUUUGUCGCUGAAACUGCGUCGCGGAUCGAGCGAUUCGCGAGAUUCGUUCUACAUGGAUUUCGCCCAGGGUAUCGACUCGGACAUCGAGGACGUGAUGACCGGUGCAUCGGCUCCGUCGCUGCCGCCCGGUGACUCGCAGCAGACGGUGACCACCCCGUCCGGUACGCUGGCACCGAUCACCGUCAGCAGUACGGCCAGCAUUCCGGACGUCACCGUCCUGUCGGCCUGCGGUACCAGUCACUCCGGCGGUACGGGAAUCAUUCCGGAGGAUCCGGAAGAUCUGGACGAUGACAUGGAGGAGCUGGAACCGGUUCCGCCGCCGAUGCCCGAUCUGGCCGACCAUUCGUCGGUGGUGGCCGGACUAGCGCUGCCUCUGCCGCCACUGCCAAGCUUGGACAUUGACGACAGGGACAUGGAACUUCCGGUGCAACCGCUGAUGCCGUCACCGUCGGUGCCGCAGAACGCGAUAGUUUCGCCGGAAACCUUCAGCAAUCAGUCAUCGCCAGCGCAAUCCUCGCAGCAUCUAGCAACGGCGGCGUCGGCAGCGCCGAUUGCCGCCAGUUCAUCAACUCCGGACGAGGCCCAGCAGCAACAGCAAGAGCAGCUGGAAGCUGCCGAAUUCCAGUCGCAGCUGCCGCUGGACUUCCACCCGCCGACCGACGAAUCCCGCGUCGGUUCCUCGAUAGACACCGCCAGCAAAACGCAACAUGAAACCUCGUCCACGUCGUCGGCCUUUCAGCGCAUCCAGACGCCGACGUUCAGCGUCAAAGCCAAUCCGGUCGUCAUCCUGCCCGGGACGUCCCCUCAGCAGCAGCAGCAAAGUCCUUCGGCGAUGACGGCGACCACCACCACCACCCAGCACCUGGCCGUGCUGUACCAUUCGCACCAUCACCACCUGCACCCGAUCCUGAGCAGCAACCGGCGGCCGUCGCGACUGCCGGAACCGGUCUAUUACCAGCAGCCACGGGAGGUUAAACCGGGUGAAGCGCUGGCAACGACGCUGUCCGCACUCUACGGGAAGCUGCUGGUGGUGAUGGGAAUUGCCUUCCCGAUGGCCGAAGUUAUCUCCACUUACAUUCCGCCUUCGUUCUAUGAGGGCUUCUAUCUAUACCUCUACAUAGGUAGCAUGAUAUUCCUAUUCUUCAUGUACACGACCUUAAUGUGGGGUAGACCGAAAACUCCAGUAGUUUCACCGGUGAAAACUAAACCGGGAAAGAAGAUCGCCCGCCGAAGUAGUACCUCCACUGACAGUGGAGAACGCUCGGACAGCGAGGCGGAAACGGCCACCAGCUCCGAGCCGAAGGUGAUGAUCCCGAUGCGACGGAUGUCGCUGGCAUCGGCGAUUUCGGCUUCCCGCAUUCAGCACUUUGGCAGUUUCUAUCUACGGAUGGGGGCCGUUGCAUUCGGCAUCGGAAGCAUGAUCUACUCGGGACUGGAAUUCGGUCAGUACUUCGAACUGGAACGGGACACCAAGUGCCAUAAUGUUCUGUUGGCACUAACUCCGGCCACCCGGAUGGCAUUCAUCUUCAUACAGAUGUAUUUCAUUUUUCUGAACAACGAGCAAAUCAAGGUUUAUCGACACAAGAUUUUAGCCCGUUUCGGGCUGAUGCAUAUGAUCGGCACCAACCUGUCGGUUUGGUUCUCGGUACUGAUUCAGGAAACGAAGCACGAGAUUCUGACCUUCUACAAUCCGGAGAAUCGAACCCUGCGGAUAUCGCAUCGACUAGGCAAUAAGCUGAUACCGCAUCCGGUGGAGACGGUCGCACAUUUUCGAGUCGCCCGCGGUUUGAAGGGGCCGCACAACAUCUUCGAGUGUCGACGGUCCAAUAUUAUCGGAACGUUGGUUCAGGAUGCUUCCCCGUUUCUGUUUCCGUGCACGAUAGAGUACUCGCUGAUUUGUGCUGCCAUCCUGUACGUAAUGUGGCGUAGCAUCAGUCGACCGCAGGUCGAUCCGAUUCAACGCCAGGAAAGUCUUCAACCGAUGAAACGAUCACCGCAUCACUACUCGGUCGAUUGUGCGGGAGCUCACAAGGGGCUGUUCAUCGGCAUCCUGAUUCUGGUGCUGACAAUCAUUUCGUUGAUACUGUUUUUCGUGCUGAUCUCAAGGCCGGAGUUCGUAAGUCUAGCCGUAACCGAGGUGAACAUCUGCGAGUUGACACUGUACGGGACGACAACGGCCGCGACUUUGAUCGGGAUGAUCCAGGUGCGGCACAUGCAGUACGAUGCAUUCCGGAGCUUCAGUCUGGACGACAUCCUGCUGGUCGGAGGCCAGACUGGUUCGUUUUUGUACAGCACCUUCACCGUAAUCGGGGGGCAGUUCAUGAUGCGACGGGACACGGUUCUGGUGCUGAUUACUGCCCUCGCUUCACUAGUCGAAACCGCCUGCCAGACGAUGUUCAUUCUCGACGCAAGUCGACGGUCGGCAGCCACGCAGGAACACAUUCGAAAAAAGCCCGGUCGGGAAAUCGUUACUUUCCUGCUGGUCAGCAACCUCGCCAUGUGGGCUAUCAAUACAUUGGAGAAGUCCCGGGCAGAAUCGCAUCCGAUACAGUUGCAUUUCUACGGCCUCUGGGCGUGGACCAUCAUUACACACGUCUCCAUGCCGUUGGCCAUAUUCUACCGGUUCCACAGUACCGUAUGUUUGUGCGAAAUUUGGAAACGAGCGUACAAAAUGAAGCCGGCUUACAUGUAA